CGAAGAGUUUGCACGCAUGAACUUUGCUUGAAUACUGCUGUGAUUUUCAGUGAAGAUUUUAAGGUUUGGGUUGAGAAAGAAUUUAUAGUGGAUGUGAAGAAGAUACGAAAAGUUAUCAGAAGACAAUCAGAGGAAUGUAUGAAAUGCGGACAACAGUGAAACAGCAUUCACAGAGAUGUCAUCUCAACUUUGUAUGGGCCAUCGCGUUGCUGCAAAUAGUCUUCAGGAUGCCUUUUACAACGGGAGCUGACGUUCCCUCUGAUCCCAACAUGGCUGCGGCCUCUACCUGGAACGCCUCCAGUGGACCUCAGAAAGAGCCCUUCCUGCAGCUGGAGAAUCCCAUGAACAACAUCACCACGUCGCUGGGCCAGACGGCCGAGCUGCACUGCCACGUGACGGGCUUCCCGCCGCCCGCCGUGCGCUGGCUGAAGAACGACGCGCCGGUGGUCCAGGAGCCCCGGCGAAUCUCGUACCGGCCCACCGCCUACGGCUCGCGCCUGCGCAUACGCAACCUGGACACCACCGACACCGGCUACUUCCAGUGCGUCGCCACCAACGCCGCCGGCACCGUCUCCACCACCGGCAUUCUCUUCGUCAAGUUCGAUCCGCUCCCCACUCCACUGCCUGGAAGGCCUUCACCGGACGACUUUGACGAGGAGGGCUUCUGCCAGCCCUACAGAGGCAUCGCCUGCGCACGCUUCAUCGGCAACCGGAGCAUCUUCGUGGACUCGCUGCAGAUGCAGGGCGAGAUCGAGACCCAGAUCACAGCUGCGUUCACCAUGAUCGGGACGUCCAACCACCUGUCGGACCGCUGCUCGGAGUUCGCCAUCCCGUCGCUUUGCCACUUCGCCUUCCCCACGUGCGACCGCAGCUCGGGCAUGGACAAGCCGCGCGACCUGUGCAAGGACGAGUGCGAGAUCCUGGAGAACGACCUGUGCAAGACGGAGUACAUCAUCGCCCGCUCCAACCCCAUCAUCCUCAAGCGCCUCAAGCUGCCCAACUGCGACGACCUGGCCAACGCCGACAGCCCCGAGGCCGCCAACUGCAUGCGCAUCGGCAUCCCCAUGGCCGAGUCCAUCAACAAGAACCACAAGUGCUUCAACGGCAGUGGCACGGACUACCGGGGCACGGCCAGCGUGACCAGGUCGGGGCGGCAGUGCCAGCCGUGGAACUCGCAGUACCCGCACAGCCACACCUACCUGGCCGUGCGCUACCAGGAGCUCAACGGCGGGCACUCGUACUGCCGCAACCCGGGCAACAAGCACGAGGCGCCCUGGUGCUUCACGCUGGACGAGAGCGUGAAGAUGGAGCUCUGCGACAUCCCCAUGUGCGACCCAAAGGAGAAGCGCAGCGGCAGCAGCAUGGAGAUCCUGUACAUCCUGGUCCCGAGCGUGGCCAUCCCACUGGCCAUCGCCCUGCUCUUCCUCUUCAUCUGCGUGUGCCGCAACAACCAAAAGGCCUCCCGCCCCCCCGCACCCCGCCAGCCCAAACCCGUCAGAGGACAGAACGUGGAGAUGUCCAUGCUCACUGCCUACAAAACUAAGAGCAAGGCCAAGGAGCUGCCCCUGUCGGCGGUGCGCUUCAUGGAGGAGCUGGGCGAGUGCGGCUUCGGCAAGGUGUACAAGGGCCACCUGUACCUGCCGGGCAUGGAGCACGCGCAGCUGGUGGCCAUCAAGACGCUGAAGGACUUCUCGGGCGCGGGCCAGUGGGCGGACUGGCAGGCGGAGGGGGCGCGCAUGGCCGAGUUGCAGCACCCCAACGUGGCGUGCCUGCUGGGCGUGGUCAGCCAGGAGCAGCCGGUCUGCAUGCUCUUCGAGUUCCUGCCGCGCGGCGACCUGCACGAGUUCCUGGUCAUGCGCUCGCCGCACUCGGACGUGGGCUGCAGCUCGGACGAGGACGGCGGCGGCGGCGGCGGCACGGGCACGGGCACGGCGCGCUCGGGCCUGGACCGCGGCGACUUCCUGCACCUGGCCGCGCAGGUGGCGGCCGGCAUGGAGUACCUGGCCGCCCACUUCAUGGUGCACAAGGACCUGGCGGCGCGCAACGUGCUGGUGGGCGAGCAGCUGCACGUCAAGAUCUCGGACCUGGGGCUGUCGCGCGAGCUCUACGCCUCCGACUACUACCGCGUGCAGCCCAACGCCCUGCUGCCCAUCCGCUGGAUGCCGCCCGAGGCCAUCGCCUACGGCAAGUUCAGCACCGACUCGGACGUCUGGUCCUUCGGCGUGCUGCUGUGGGAGAUCUUCAGCUUCGGCCUGCAGCCCUACUACGGCUGCGGCAACCAGGAGGUGAUGGAGAUGGUGCGCAAGCGCCAGCUGCUGCCGUGCCCCGAGGACUGCCCGCCGCGCGUCUACGCGCUGAUGACCGAGUGCUGGCACGAGGGCCCGGCGCGCCGCCCGCGCUUCAAGGACCUGCACGGGCGCCUGCGCGCCUGGGAGGGCCUGUCGUCGUCGCACGCCAGCUCCAGCACGCCGUCGGCGGGCAACGCCACCACGCAGACCACCUCGCUGAGCGCCAGCCCGGUCAGCAACCUGUCGGGCCCGCCGGGCCCCCCACGCUACGCCGGCUACCUCUACCAGGCGGCGGCGGCGGCGGCGGCCGCUCAGGGCCUGGCGCCGGGGCAGAUCGCGGGCUUCGUGGCGGCGCCCAUGGCCCAGGGCCAGCGCUUCAUCCCGGUCAACGGCUACCCCAUCCCGCCGGGCUACGCCGCCUUCCCCCACGCCGCCCACUUCACCCACGCCGCCGCCGGGCACCCGCCCCAGGCCGUGACGUCGCGCGCGGUCCAGCACUGCCCGCCGCCCAAGAGCCGCUCGCCGAGCAGCGCCAGCGGCUCCACCAGCACGGGCCACGUGACCAGCGUGCCCUCCACGGGCUCCAACCACGACGCCAGCACGCCGCUGCUCUCCCACUGCGUCACGCUGGCGCCCAUGGGCACCAUGCCCGGCGGCGGCCCCAUGCCCAUGUACGGACACCUGGCCCAGAAGCAGGUGCACAUGGACCCGUCCCAGGCGGCACUGCUGGCCGAAUCCAACAGACUCAUGUACAGCGAGUCCGUCAUCCACGCAGACCUGUAA